AUCCGCUUGGCUUGUGAGUGCGACAGAGAAUAGUCCAGACCACUGAGGGCUAUUUUGCGCGAUCUGUAUCGCCUCUGAAACCAAUCGAGCUUGCGAAAAUCGGCCUGCCCCGCCAUCAUUGUCGACGCGACACCGCUUUCGAAGCCCAACCAGAGAGAACUAGGACCAGGGGAAAGGCAUCAUACCUCGAUGACGCUCUCCCUUUUGUCUGCGGCUACUGUCACGAACACUGCCUUUCACUCGUUUGCCUCCGGUGGCGAUGGGGAUGAUGACCUGCCAAAGUUCCAAGACCAGGCGAGAGGCCAGCGGGACCUGUAUACCCAGAUCGUGAUCAGUUCCGCGGUGGGGCUGAGUGCGUUUCUGACUUUUUGUAUUCUACGACCUAAAUGGAGAGUGCUGUACAGUGCGCGUCGACGGUUGAGGACGGCCGCUUCGAGGCUUCCCGAGCUCCCGGACUCAAUGUUUGGGUGGAUUCCGGUUUUGUACAAAAUUAACGAUGAUGAAGUAUUGGCAUCCGCGGGGUUGGACGCCUUCGUCUUCCUCUCAUUCUACAAAUAUGCUAUCAACUUCCUGACUAUAACCUUUUUCUUCUCCCUGAUUGUUAUUCUCCCGAUUCAUUACGUUUAUACCGGAAAGUACGGAUACCCCUGGGAUGGGAGAGAUGGCAACAGUUCAGAAUUCUCGCACCUAUACCGCUCUCGUAGGGGGCAUAUAACCGCGAUUCGAGAUAAAGAAGAGCCCAAAACCGACCCUACGUAUUUAUGGAUGUAUGUCGUAUUCUCAUACGUCUUUACUGGAUUGGCAAUCUAUCUCCUAGUCGACCAGACGAACAAAAUUAUUCGGAUACGACAACAAUGCCUGGGAAGCCAAACCACGAUGACCGAUCGCACGAUUCGUCUAUCUGGAAUUCCACCCGAAAUGAGAUCAGAGGAAAAGAUCAAGGAGUUCAUAGAAAACCUUGGAAUUGGAAAGGUUGAAAACUUAACUCUAUGCCGCGACUGGAGGGAACUCGACACUUUGAUCCAUAAACGAAAGAAGGUGCUCCAGAAAUUGGAAGAAGCAUGGACAAGACACGUGGGAUAUCAACCGAAGAGACUACGAAAACGAUUUCAUGGUGACAACGCCCCCGCAUCUGCAUUGGAUCGAGCCGACGAAGGAGGCGAAACCACAGCAUUGCUAUCAGCCGAAGAACAGGACCAUGUCCCCGAUUUUGCUCAUGAACGCCCGAGUGUUCGCUUAUGGCAUGGACCAUUCAAGCUGAGAUAUAGAUCCGUUGAUGCGAUUGAUUAUUAUGAAGAAAAGCUGCGCUGCCUUGAUGAAACCAUUGAAGCCACCAGAGAGAAAGAGUUUCCACCCACCCACCUCGCAUUUGUGACAAUGGAGUCAAUAGCUGCUUGUCAGAUGGCCGUCCAAGCAAUCUUGGAUCCAUCUCCAAUGCAAUUUGUUGCUAGUUUAGCUCCUGCUCCGGGGGAUGUGGUUUGGGAAAAGACAUAUCUUUCUAGAUCCGAGAGAUGGUUUCGAUCAUGGUCUGUCACGUUCGUGAUUGGCUUCCUGACCGUGUUCUGGUCCGUUCUCCUCAUCCCGCUGGCAUACUUGCUAAACUUGGAGACAAUCGAGAAAGUCAUCCCCCAAUUAGCGGAUGCACUCUCCCGUCACCCCUUGGUCAAGUCUCUGGUUCAAACGGGUCUUCCCACGUUAAUCCUCUCGUUGCUGACCGUCUCAGCUCCAUAUAUCUACAACUGGCUCGCCAAUAUGCAGGGGAUGAUUUCUCGCGGAGACGUUGAGCUAUCCGUCAUAUCGAAGAACUUCUUCUUCACCUUCUUUAAUCUCUUCCUAGUCUUCACGGUUUUUGCAACUGCCUCUAACUUUUAUGGUUUCUGGGAGAAUCUCAGAGAUGUUUUCAAAGAUACAACUACAGUGGCUUUUGCCUUGGCUCGCUCACUCGAAACUCUUGCACCGUUCUAUGUGAAUUUGAUCGUGUUGCAAGGAUUGGGUCUGUUUCCCUUUCGCCUGCUAGAAUUUGGAAGUGUGGCUAUGUACCCGUUUCAUUUACUAGGAGCGAAAACGCCUCGCGACUACGCUGACCUGGAAAAACCCCCUAUGUUUAACUACGGCUUCGCACUCCCACAAACUAUCCUCAUCUUUAUCAUUUGCAUCGUGUACAGCGUUUUCCCGAGCUCCUGGCUUGUUUGCCUCUUUGGCCUCAUCUACUUCUGCAUUGGCCGAUUCAUUUACAAAUACCAGCUUCUCUACGCCAUGGAUCACCGACAACAUUCCACCGGUCGUGCCUGGCCCAUGAUAUGCAGCCGCGUUAUCGUCGGACUUCUCGUCUUCCAACUUGCAAUGAUCGGCAUCCUCGCACUGCGAAGAGCAAUCACACGUUCGAUCUUGAUUGUUCCAUUGCUCGCAGGAACAGUGUGGUUCUUCUACUUUUUCUCCAGGACCUACGACCCGUUGAUGAAAUUCAUCGCCCUGCGGAGCAUCGACCGUGACCGUGCUGCUGAAUCGGAUGAAAGUCCCACUCCGACAUCAACCCUGUCUCCACCUUCACAAUGGGAACGGGACUCUAUACCCCUCCGACUUAGGGGACAGGACCUAGCGCCGAGAUUGAGGAAGUACGUCAACCCUAAUCUUAUUUUGCCGCUGGAUGAGGCAUGGAUUCCUGGAACAGCACAUCGAGCGAAUCCGAUUACUGCGCUACGAAACUCGUCUGAGGUGGUAUGA